AUGUCUUCCCAGAAGACCACCAAUGACGGGGUAGAUGCCAGCGUCCCGGCAUCUCUUGGUGCUGGAGUACACAAGAAUGCCUCUCUGGAAGAUCAGACAUUGUUGCUCCUCGCCCGCUUGAUGGAGGGAGGGCAAGAGGACGAGGAGACUUGCAGAGAACUGAAUACCCUCACAAAGCUACUAAGUGAUGAUUCUGAAGAGGAAACCAGAUCCCCACAACCACACAAACCACUUCACGAGUUGAUGGAUGCCGACUGCGUGGAGACUCUCCUAGGCUAUCUUGACAUGAGGCAAUCGCCAACUGUUCGGGGUCACGCGACUUUGGCUACAUCAGCAUACUUGAAGGCGUCCGGCGAGCAGGGCGUCGAGUAUCUGUCAAACUUCUUCUAUUCACGAGUGGGCAAGGCCACCUAUGAUGAUUUCAUAUUUGCCUUCUCCGUUGCGGCAUGCAUAUUCCCAGUGGUUCCAGAUGUCAUAGCCACGCUUUUCUUGAGUGAGGGAUUCGUUUCUAGCCUUGGGCCUUUAAUGGAGAGAAAAUGGAAGAGCAAGAAGGUUGAACAGGCUGCCUUGGAGAUGUUGAAUGCAGCAUGUAUGAACACCCCUUGCCGUGAGGCGAUCCGGAAGUACUGUACAGAGUGGCUGGAGAAAAUCGUCAGUGAUGUCCCUGCAGCGCCUGUCAAUGUACCAUCGCCCGAGAGACAUCUUGUUGCCGAAGAUGGGCCCAUUCAACAGCGGAUUCAUUCUGAGAAGGUUAGAAAUCUAGCCGCGGUUGUCUUGGCAAAGCUCCAGGCUGUCCCUUCCACCCCCAGUGACGGAACAGAGGAAAGGAUCCAGCCGGCUACGACAAGCAUGGAGGACCUCUCAUUCAUGUUCAAGAAUAUGCUCACUGCAGACUCUUCUCAGCAGAGCUCAAUAGAGGGCUUAGCAUACGCUUCCCUGCAGCCCAAGGUCAAAGAGGAUCUAGCAUCCGAUAAAUCAUUUUUGAAGAAUCUGGUUGCGGCGCUGAAAGAAGCGCCUGCAAAAUCUCCUGCAACAUAUGGAGCGCUCAGCAUCUUGGUCAAUCUCACUACUUAUAUGCCAGCGCUAUCAGAAGAGCAGAAGCGUAUGACCCAGCUUAAGGCAUACGCGAACGCAUCCAAAUCCACCGCGAAGCCGGACCCUCUUAAUGACGACGAACAUGUUGCAAGAAGAUGCCAGGCCGUGUUCGAAGCAGGAGUGAUCCCGGUCCUCGUAACACAUAGCCAGUACGGCUCAACGGCAUCCUUGACCUUGGUCGUUUCAAUCGUCUUCUCCCUUUCCAAAACCCCCCAGAUCCGCGGUCAGAUCGCCCAGCAAGGCGGGGUCAAACUCCUAUUACAUGCCUUCUCCACCUUCCCCUCCUCCAACACCAGCGCUCAGCGCACCACCGCUCAUGCCCUCGCCCGCAUCCUGAUCAGCACGAACCCCACGCACGUCUUCGGCGGCUCCACGGCGCUCCCCCUCACCUCGGCCAUCCGCCCGCUCCUCCUCCUCCUCACCGACGACCCCACCGUCGAGCAGCGCGACCUCCUCCCGGUCUUCGAAUCCCUCCUCGCCCUCACCAACCUCGCAUCCACGUCGGACAGCGCCCGCAACCCCAUCAUCCGGCUCGCCUUCCCGCAGCUCGAGGAGCUGCUCCUCUCCCGCAACAAGCUCGUCACGCGCGCCACGGUCGAGCUCCUCUGCAACCUCAUGCUCUCGCCGGAAUGCGUGGCCAAGUUCGCCGACGGCAGCAAGCCGGCCAGCCACCGUCUGCACAUCCUCCUGGCGCUGGCGGACGCCGAGGACCUCGCGACGCGGCGCGCGGCCGGCGGCGCCCUCGCCUCCCUCUCCGAGUGGGACACGGCCGUGAACGCCAUGCUGGAGCGCGACCGCGGCGUGGCCAUCCUGCUCGCGCUCUGCCGCGAGGACUCGGAGGAGCUGCGCCAUCGCGGCGUCGUGUGCGUCCUGAACGUCGUGUCGGCGCCGGCCAAGGUCGGCGAGUGGGGCGUGCGGAAGGUGAGAGAGGCCGGGGGCGUCGAGGCCUUGAAGGAGUGUCUGAAGAUGAGUAGGAGUCAGGAGGUCUUGGAGAUUACGGUGUUGGCGUUGCAGAAAUUGAUUCCUGAGGGUGGUGGUGGUGGCGGUGGGACAGAGUAG